UAUGACUGCAGACAGUUAAGAUCAGGACAACAAGAAGGUCCAGAUGCUGUGGUUCUUCUGUCUGUUGUUACCAUGACUGAACACAAGGACACUGAUGAGGUGACGUUAAUCUGCUCUGUGUCGUCAUAUGGAGGAUGUAGACACAAAGUGAAGUGGCUGCUUCAGGGUCAAGAUGUGGAUAAAGACCACAAAGAGUUGAAGACAUCAACGUCUUCCUGCAGAGCUUCUCUGAUGUUUCUGACUUCUCAUUACGUUUACACAUCGAGGUAUAAGACAGUGAAGUGUGAAGUGACUGAAGGUGACAAAGUGAAGCAGUUUCCUUUCAACAUUUGGCCCUCAGGUGAAAAAAAAGGUGAUGCUGCGACAACGACCACUACAACAUCACCAACAACAACUCUUUCAACAUCACCAGUGAAAAAGACCACAUCAGAGGAGAAGACCGUAACUGCAUCUGAAAAAUACAAAAAUCAAACAGAACAAGGGUGGUGGUGGUGGAGCCUCAUCUCUGUGUCUGUGGGUGUUGCAGCACUCUUGGUAAUCACUGUGGCUGUCAUCGCAUGGAAGAGAACCAAACGGAACAAAACAAAGAGGGAUGACCACGUGGCUGAUCCUGAAGAUGGUGUUUCCUACGCCUCCGUCAGCUUCACCAAGAACACCAACAGUAGAGCCAAGGGUCGCAUUCAACAUGAUGAUGAUGAGGAUGAAGGUGAUGCAGUGACCUACUCCACUGUGAAACCUCCCUCCUCUUCUGCUGCAGCCUCGGUUGAUCCCAGCCACCUCUACGCCACCGUCAACAAACCAAAAUAAUAAGAUGUCUCUAGUAAAAAUAUGUUUAAACAGUGGCACGACUGUUUGUAUCAUAGAUUUAGAAUAUUUGGACCAAACCAAGAAGCGUUAUGAAUAGAUUGAUCUUGAUAGUUGCACUGUGAAAACAUGUAGGAUUUGAGACAUUUUUUUUUAUAUAUACUAUAUUUUUUAUACUGUCUCUGCAUGGACAGAAUUAAGUUUUUUUUAAAGUCUUUUCAUUUUUUUUGUUAUCAUUUAAAUGCAUAUUGCUUCUUUAGUUCAGUAGAUUUGAUUGUGUUGUGUUUUAAUGAGUAAAGUUUUAGGUUUACAAGUAUAGAAAUAGAUUUCUCGUUGUGGUUUAACACCUUUUGAGUCAGAUGGUUUAUUCUGUGUUUCAUAAUUUUGUUCUAAGUUUUCUUGCUCAGCUUUCUUAUAUCUUUUUUAAACACGACCCCAGCGUUGUUUCUAUUUCUCACCAUAGAGUGGCACCAGAGAUCCUCCACAGCAUGCUGUGCACUCAAACGCAACUCAUGUGUGUUUGUUGAGCGUCUUUGUUUCAGAAAACAUGGGUGUUA